CCAAAAGACUAGAACAAUUCCUUCUAGCUUAGCUGUCUGUUUGUAAUUCAAGGGAUCUGCAUCUGCAGUCCAGAGGAAUUAUAACAAAAUCAGGAAGUCUGUUUGCAUGCUUAUUGGGUAUAGCUGAGUGGCAAGCAGUUAUUGCUGGGUGACAAAAUGUAUUUUGGCGUCAUCCAUUGAGUUUCUUUCUCCACUGCACACACCUAGUAAGUACCACCAGCAUCCAGAUCACCACUACCACCGACGGCCCCGAAAACCAAACCAGAGCACACUCACGUAUUAUUAUUACUGGCAUCGACUAUAAAGCUUAGGAAUCCUCCUCGCAACCAUAUUCUCCUAGUGCUAUUACGAAAGGCCUAAAACAAAAAGAUUUUUGCUCUUGAUUUCCUCCCACAAUGGAAGAAUUCAGAUCCAAGUCCUACCAUGACGGAAGGAAUUCUCAAUUGGAGAGCUACAGCUACAGCAGCAAUAGCAACCCCUCCUCGAACCCAACUGGGCUGCAAGAUCUCAGAUGCUAUAGUGCUUCCUAUGCAACAGCAGCAAACAAUGGCCACACGGAAAUUUCUAAGGAUGUAAAGCUCAAGAAAGGCAAGUCCGCCAACGGGUCCAUUUCAAAAAGUUGGAGCUUUAAUGAUCCGGAAUUGCAGAGGAAAAAGAGGGUUGCUAGCUAUAAGGUCUAUACUGUUGAAGGUAAAGUUAAAGGGUCUUUGAAGAAGAGCUUUAGGUGGCUUAAAGAGAGGUGCGCUCAGGUGGUCUAUGGUUGGAGGUGAUCUUCAUGCUAUUGUGAUUAUCUGUUUACUAUAAUCUAGCCUGUAUCUUCUUCUUCUUCUUCUUCUUUUUCCUUUAUUUGGUUGUUAAGGAUUGGUGCAAAAACAUAUUGGGGAAUGAUAUUGAAUUUCAGUUAACAACUUAGUA